CCCAACAAAGGGGGGUCUCUUCCCACAUGCCCCCACCGAGCCGCCCAGCCUCACAACAGACUGCUCGUCCUUUUUCUACCGUCCUCCCCCCUCACAUCAAUGCGCGCCAUACUCUCCCAGUGCCCAAUCCCGACCCCGUCUACGCCCCUCCCCAAAGCUAUGCAUCUGCUCCAAUCAACCCUGCUGAUUAUUCUAACAGUACCGGUAUGGUCGAUCAUCCCAAUGGUGUUGGGGUUCCGGUUCAAUAUACUAACCGUAAUUUUCAAGCCAAUUUGGGACUUGAUGGCCGUUCCGGUGCCGAAACCGUACCUGGCUACAGCGGCAACGACUCUACUCAUUAUUAUCUCCCAGGAGAUCACGAUGACCUUCCAGAUGUCCUCUCUCCUCCUCGAUCGCCCCCAGCCACAAACGAGCAAACCAGCGAAGUCAGCUACAGUCUUGAUCAUCAGGCCAAUCCCCCUGCAAUCCGCCCCGAGGUCGAUCAUGCCAGCUUACAAGCGAUUUUCCGCUUGUCUGAAGCUGACCUGAACCUUGCAAAGUCUAUUCUUGUUAUGAGCGAGGCAAACAUCACGGGAGCCAUUGUCUAUGGGCUUGUUGCCCAACGACGAGUGACUCAUGAGAACCUUCCUGGCAAUCCGACCCAACCCGACGAGGACGAGGUUGUUGCGCCGGCUGACCCCCCUGUCCCAAAUGAACAAGUAGAUGUGAGGAACUUCUUGUAUAGCGACUACAUCAAGGAUGAGAUCCGUGACUUUAUUCGCCGCAAGAUGAUCGAAUCGCGAAUGGUUGCUUACAGCCGCCACUUGGAUGACGAUGGUGUUGCAGAGCCGCGGGCCUUGUUGACCAUGACUCAGGCUCACGUUGCGAGCCUUCCUGCCCACAUCAGAAGACAGCACCUUCCCCCUGGAUUUGGCGCUGGGAACAAUCAUGCACGUCGAAGCGUACUCCAGUUGGUUCGCAAUCUUUUGAAGCAUGAUCGAGUUCUUCUUCGCAACAUGUUACUUAAAAAUAUUAUAGACACCAGCCACGCAAGGGUUCGCGCGGGGGGUGUCCCUAGUCUUCAGAUGCUGUACACCUCGUGGAGUCCACGCGCCCCGAGUCAACUGGGCAAUGUUGCCCAUGCGCAUCAAGGUGCGGUUUGCAUACCUCCGAUUGGAGACCGCGGCGCACACCUUUAGGAAUUCUCAACGGCAUGGGUCCCAAUGGACACCCAUCGAUGAGCAAUUGGCCCUCUUGACCACUAAAUCAAUGGACUAUGUACGAGCGUGGGCAAAUGCAAUUAUCGCGUUGGAUUCUCAAAUCUUUGGCACUGGUGGUGUCGUUUUCGCCGAUGUGCGUCAUUUGGUCGAGCUUCCAACUGACGAGGCAAUUCAAGACACCCUUGUAACCAACGAAUUAUUACCCCCUGCCGAGCGCCCCCAACAACCGGUGAUGGAAGACGAUCUGUUCAAUAUGGACGCCUGAUCUCUUAUGUAGUACAUCCUCCCUCGAUUAUUCAAUCCUCGGGAUCCUCAUCAGCGCUGCUCGAUGCACAGCGCAGAACCUCCUUAUGUCUUUUUCCCCUGUUAUCACCAAUCGGUACUUGAAGACACUUGUCCAGGUCGGGGCUGCAGCAAAUGCAGUUCCAUUUGACGACCUCAUUUUCUCUUAUCAACUCAUCCGGACUGUGACUCAUUAGCCCCUAAAUCAUGUACACAAGGAGCCAGCUAUAGACCAUACAUCCCUUCAUGUACAGUAGAUUGUCGAGUCAUGUUUUUUCACAUCAUUUCACAUUGUUUGUAAUGCCUGCGAUCCCGCUCCAGAAGCCUCAAUAGAAGACCUACAUGCA